AUGGUAGAACUCGAGGGUAGGAGAGAGAAAGAUAAUUUCCUGUUGCAACAAAUCAUCCAAUUUUCACUUGCCAUCCCUACAUCUUGUCGACAAAAUGGUCAGCUGACGUCGACGAGGACGACGAAGAAGAAGGAGAUGGUGUUUAAGAGCCCAUACCAACAUUACAUGAAGCUCCUCAAGAGUCCUGAUGAGGUGCUCGGUGGGCCCUCGACUAGCAAUGUCACGAUCCCGCUCGUGCCGUGCUUCCGGGUGGUGGACCUGGUUUUCUUCCCUGGUGUCCCAGUUUACUUCCCUGGUGGACCCAAGUGUGAAAAGUGUGAGACAGGGAUGAGGGGAUUGAUGGGGGACCUGAGGCAAAGAGAAGUGGAUGAAUGGCUAGGAGUUGGAGAUUCCUCAAGUGAAACGCAGCUGGGAAGUUCCGCUCGAAUCGGCAUCUACGGAUGGAGAAAACGAUUCCUCUAUCUCCUUCUCAUUCUCCUGCUUGUCAUGAUCAUCACAAAUCUUUCCCUCACUCUCUGGAUCCUCAAAGUCAUGGACUUUUCCGUCGAAGGGAUGGGGAGACUGAGGAUCAUCAGUGAAGGGCUUCGAUUGGAUGGAGAGGCGUAUAUCUUAGAUCGGCUGAUCAUGUCUCACAUGAGAUCCCGACGAGGACAAGCCAUCACGUUAGAAGCAUCGAGGAACUUCACUAUAAGAACAAGGAAGGAUACGCAAAUCGCCAACACCCUCUUCCUCGGUGAGAAUAGAUUGGAUUGCGAGGCUUCCUCGUUCCGCAUCGUGGAUCCUUUGGGUCGGGAACUCUUUUCCGCCACACGAAAAGAGGUCCAUGUCGGUGCUUCCACUCUUAGGGUCUCAGGUCCAGGGGGAGCCGAGUUCGAUGCCGUCCAAACCCCUCUCGUCAGGGCUGAAGCCAGCCAUGAGCUUAGGUUGGAGUCACCGACGCGAAGCAUCACAAUGGAGGCACCGGAGAGCAUCGGGAUAGAGUCGUGGGCCGGGGACAUCUACGCCUCCUGCCUGACCAACAUCCGCCUCCAAUCCCGACGAGGAGCCAUCUAUCUAAACUCGGGGAAAGUGCGAUUGCCGGAUGUGCCGAUAGCGAACGUGACUUCUUCUCCAAGGCAGAAUGUGCUCGUGUACCAAAUGUGCGCCUGCGGAAAUGGACAAAUCUUCCUCGUGCCUCCGACCAGGCAGUGUCAUGCUGAUCCCACUGUUUGCUUCUAAAGACUAUCUCACUCCUGACUCUGAUGAUCCGUCUAUUCCUGCUUCACUUCGACAACGUGACCAAAGGCGCUCAUCCUCGGGACUCGGUCAUGGUCUUCGAUUCGGGCCCAUUCACUGUGAUAACCUCCACGGUGCUGGCUAUCGAAUUUGAAAACAUCACUUUGCCUGUAUAUUAAUUUCGAGCAUAGUGUGACGUCCUCUAUGAAUUUAUUGAUCUGAGACGUUUAUAGUAUGAGUUGAUGAGUUUGAAACUUUCUUCUGGCAGAAUAAUAAGGGUUUUCUUUAAAUUGAUAAAUUGCCCUGUCGCAUUCGUCGAUCUUGUCUCCAGGAAUAUCCAAGGUACCAUUUGUGUUUGGCAUUGUACCGUCUGCCUAUGGACAAAAUAAGCGUGGGAUACUUUCAUUUUCUCCUUAAAUAUGUGAACAAGGAUGAAUGACUUCUUUUCGCCUCAUUUCGUUUUUUCUUUCCUAGCAGAAUGAGAAAAGAAGCAAGAAAGAAACCUCUGUUUUCUGCAGUACGAAACGAUGCUUAUUAUUUUUGCAUCGGUUCCUCUCGCUUCACUCUGAAGAGCAAGAAAGACAAGCUUACUUGAUUAGCUUCCAUGUUAUGCUGACUUUCUCUCUCCGGUUCUCUUCAAUUCCCUUGACACC